AUGGCCUCAUUAAUGCUUGUUUUUCUGUUCAUCUUUCAAUUAGUGGAGACAAAGGUUGACGGAGGAUCCAUUGAUUUGGGAUCCUCACUUGUCGCUGGUACACAAUCUACGAAUGCAUGGUUCUCCCAGUCUAAAAUGUUUGCAUUUGGGUUUUAUCAACAAGGCACCGGCUAUGUGAUCGCAAUCUGGUUAGAGAGCUCCGGAGAAAAUACGGUUGUGUGGACUGCUUAUCGAGAUUAUCCACCCGUUUCACCAAAUGCCACACUAACACUUACUCGUGAAGGAGAAUUGGUUUUAAGCUGUGAGCAUGGUGGGGUUAAAAAGACUAUUGCAGCCAACGUUUCAUAUGCAGUGAUGAACAACACCGGAAAUUUUGUACUCUACGAUGAUAAAAUGGGUGUAAUAUGGCAGAGUUUCAACCAUCCUACCGAUACUUUGUUACAAGGCCAGAGUCUUUUUGGUGGGAAUGAAUUGGUUUCGAGUGUGUCUAAAACCAAUUACUCUAGUGGACGCUUUCGAAUUAAGAUGCAGAUGGACGGAAAUCUUGUUAUGUAUCCAAUGGACACGGAGGAUGGCCCAGAAAAUUCAUACUGGGCUUCAAAUACCGAUCAGUAUGAUAGGAUUUCGAGCAACUAUCUGCACCUGAAUGAUACAGGCUUACUGAUUAUCAAUGGAAGUGAUUCAGACAUCAUCAAGCAUCUUUAUUAUGCUGAACCGACGAAUUAUAAUGUUACAUAUCGUGUCACAAUCGGUGAUGAUGGAAUCUUACGGCUGUAUCUUUACAACCAUAAUAACUCCCGCCCCCCUCCCAUAGUAUGGAAAGUGCCAGAUCCUCCUUGUAAUGUGAAGAACUUCUGCGGCUUCAACAGCUAUUGCACUAUGAAUGAUGAACAACCCUAUUGUGUUUGCCUGCCGGGUUAUGAUUUUGUAUACUCCGAUUUGAAGUCUAGGGGCUGUGAAAGGAAUUUCACAAAAGCAAUGUGCAAAAGCGGGAAAGAAAACAUUACAUAUUACAACAUGGAUCCCAAAGAGCGAUUAGUGUGUGAUGAUCGUCCUUACGUUGUGUUCAUUCCCGACAACAAGGACGGCUGCAGCGACUCCUGUUUGGAGGAUUGCAAUUGUGAUGCAGCUUUUUUCAGUAAUGGUAACUGUGAGAAACACAAGUUCCCACUUAGGUACGUGAAAAGAGUUUACGAUGAUUCCACCAGGCCUAUGAUGUUCUUCAAGACGCCCAAUGUAAGCCUUUAUAAUGUCCAAGCCAAUGCAUCCAUUAAUGCUAGUUCUUUGGAGCCAACACAUGAGAGGAUUGAGAAAGUGCUGACCACAGGCAACAAGACAUGGCUUAUAAUUCUUGUUAUGAGCGUUGUUUUUUUCAUAUAUUCAUGCAUUUCGCUAAGUUUGACGGGAUAUUUCGUAUUCAAAUUCCGUCUUCUAAAGUACAAAAGACUGUUGGAAACUAGAAGUUUGGGAUUAGCGGAGGACCUCAUCCUGCAAUCAUAUACUUACAAGGAGCUUAAAAAGGCAACCGAUGGGUUCAAGCAUGAGCUAGGAAGAGGGUCGUUUGGAAGAGUCUAUAAAGGGCGUUUCUACAAAGGGAACAAAGCGAUAGCAGUGAAGAGACUUGAGAAGGUGGUGGAUGAAGGUGAGAGGGAAUUCCGAGCAGAAAUGAAAGUGAUCGGAAAAACCCAUCACAGGAAUCUAGUCCGUUUGCUCGGUUAUUGUGCAGAAGGUAAAGAGAGGCUUCUUGUUUAUGAAUACAUGAGCAAUGGAACCCUUGCAGAUCGGUUAUUUAGGUCAGAAACGCUUCCAAACUGGUCUGAAAGGCUGCAAAUCGCGUUAGAUGUGGCAAGAGGAAUCCUCUACCUUCAUGAAGAAUGUGAAACGCCCAUCAUUCACUGCGACAUAAAGCCCCAAAACAUUCUGAUGGAUGAUUUCUGGACUGCUAAAAUCUCCGACUUUGGAUUGGCCAAAUUACUAAUCCCAGAUCAAACCAAGACAUUCACCAUCGUUCGAGGGACUAGAGGGUACUUGGCACCCGAGUGGCAGAAAAACGUCCCAAUCUCAGUGAAGGUCGAUAUCUUCAGCUAUGGGAUCGUGUUGCUGGAAACCAUUUGUUGCAGAAGGAACCUGGAAGUACAUGUAUCGAAUACGGAAGAGAUAGUUCUUUCUACUUGGGUUUACAAGUGCUUUGAAAGAGGGCAACUGGAUCUGCUUGUUGGUGAUGAACAAGUGGAUAUGGCGACAUUGGAGAGGCUGGUUAAAGUCGGACUUUGGUGCAUUCAUGAUGAACCUGCUCUUCGUCCCUCUAUGAAGUCCGUGUUGCUGAUGUUAGAAGGGAUCACGAAAAUUGCUUCUCCUCCUUGUCCAACUUCCACUUGAUUGGUUAAACUAAGGCUGAUGUGUUCAAGUUGCCUGUAUUUGAGACAUCCGAACUUCUUGAUCAAGUAUGCUGCUUCAACGGCCUAACCCAUUUCCGACUUUAUAAAAGGUAAGGAAUUUGAGCUUUUUUAAACUACUAUAGCAAACAUGUUCAUUGUAUGUAUAAAUUCUAUUUAUAACACUUGGUAUUGUAAUAAUAUAUAACGUGUAUUUAAACUUACAAAUAUUUUUGCC